AUGCAUGAGCAAGUUCAUACCGGGAAGUCUCCAUUCGCCUGCUCAGUGUGCAGGAAGAGAUUCACUCACUCCUCAAACCUGCUGAUGCACCAACGCAUCCAUGACAGGGAGUGGCCGUUCUCCCGCAUCGAUUGUGGGAAGGAAUUUAGUAAGACGUGCAGGCUCCUAAGGCACCAGGGCAUACACACCAGGGAGCGGCCGUACACCUACUCCGAGUGUGGAAAGGGUUUCACAAAUUCAUCCGAUCUUCUCGCUCACCAGCGCACUUGCACUGGGCAGAGGCCAUUCACCUGUUCUGAGUGUGAGAAAGGGUUCAGCCAUACAUCCAGCCUUCUGUGCACCAGCGGAUUCACACCAGGGAGACACUAUUCGCUUGCUCGGUGUGUGGCAAGGCAUUCAUUCAGUCAACCCAUUUUCAGAGGCACCAGCAGGUUCACCAGCAACUGCAGGGGUUAG